CUCAGCAGGAUGGGGCGAUGGGGAAUGAUUAUUUCAGGUGCGUAUCCCGACCCUCCGCUUGAGUUUUCUUCGGCGUCUCUGCGUUGGAGUCACGUUAGUGGAUGCUUGGGAGUGAAUUGCAGGCUGAUGAUUAUCGACAGACGCAUGCCGGUGCUCCCUACGCAAGGCGGCCAGUUUGUGUAUCCUGCGUUCACGGCGCCGAUGCCUGCGGGGUAUGCUGGGUUCUGAGGCGGUUAUCGGCUACCGCGUCCUCGAUAUUCGAUUCCAGUAUAGUUCGGCAACGUCUGCGUACACGCCAGCGGCUCUGCCUCCUCACCUCCCGCCUGUCGCUCGUUCUCGAUCUCACUCGUGUACUCGUCACUUCCGACUUCGCUUUUCGACGCUAUCGACAUCGCUUUACAAGGUUCUCAACAUCGCUCUCGCCUGCACUUCGCACAUCGCUAUGCUUUCGCCCUCUUUAUCUGGUCUGGAUAAUGGCUUUCAUGUUACGUCUACACACAUCGCUAUGGCUGCUCUCGCUUUCUACUUGGCAUUCCCUUCAUCAUCACGCUCUGUUAAUCAACAUUGCGCUGUCUCUUCCCGUCAAGCACCUCAGCAUUGUCCACACCGUUCAGUAUCACUGCAUCGUCCAACACUUGCAUCGUUCAGGCGAGUCGUCUGCUCCAAGACCCUGCCGUGAACUUACCUUGCUGCAGUACAUCAUUAUGGGUUUUUAGGGUGGAAUGGAUCGAUGGAUCCUUUAGUAUCAUCGCGCACGCAUACACACUCUUCCUAUCCGUACACUGCAUGUUCCCGGCUCUGUACACUGCAAGUUAUUGGCUCUGUGCCCAUA